GGUUAUUUUUGGAACAUAUAUCAAUCAAGAAAUGACAGAAAAAUGUAACCUAAAAAAAAGUUAUUAAUGGUCGUAGGUUAAUAAGAAUUCAAAAAACAUUGUUUUCAAAUUUGAAAAGAUUUAUUUAUGGCUCUUCGACUUUAUAAUACACUAGGCUUGCGCCUACUGAAGGAAGUUUCCAUUGGUUUACUUGCCCCUGCAGCAAACAGUGCUAAUUGUCAGACUGUAAGACAUCGACGAACGAAGCACUGGAAUCCAAAAUGGAAAUUAUUUCGCCGGAUGAAAGUGAUGAAAGUAGAUUUACCGAAAUUUAAUGAAAAAACCGAGGACUUGUCUGACGAGGAAUUACGCAAAAGGUUGAAGGAACAGGGUAUACUGCCUCCGAGGCCCUGGGUGGAAAGACAGUUUUUCAUUCACUCUACUGGGGCCGUUUUUGAGCCAUAUGUACCCCCCGAAGGUGAUGGAAAGAUAUCACCAAUCUCCAAACAGGGUGCCAUGCAGAGCUUAGAAUUCCUGACAAAAAAGUCAAAAACAAUGAUGGCUAUCCGUAAAGUACGUCAGUAUGAAGAGGACUUUGACACCCCUGAUUUCUGCAAAGAAGCUUUGAAAAUCUACAUAAAAAUGCAUGAAAUGCUAGCGGACAGAGACGAGGAGGGUAUAAUAGAUGUUGUUACAGAAAGAGCUUAUCCUGAAGUCUUACAUAAUGUUCGUAAUAAAACGAUUCGCUGGAAGUAUAUCAAGGAGAUUGAGCUUCCUCGAAUCGUACAAGCCAGAUGCACUGAUGUCAUAACAAAAGAGAAUAUAUUCGCACAACUCACUGUUAGAUUCCACACACAGCAGACCCUUGCAAUUUAUGAUCGAUUUGGAAGAUUAAUCCAUGGCAGCGAAAUAAUUGCAAAGGAUGUGCUGGAAUAUGUUGUUUUUGAGAAACAUUUAUCCAAUCAAUAUGGGACGUGGAGAGUACAUGGUAAGAUUAUUCCCGAUUGGUUGCCACCCAGAGAACCAUCUGCCAUUACGUUUAAAAAACAAGUGAAAAAUGCAGUGGAAGAACCCGAGAAAAAAGUUGAUGGUACUGAAAAAAUAGCUGACUCCAUUACAAAAGAUGUGACUGUACAGGGAAAGGAUGUUACUAAAGAAAUUAGAGCUUGAAACUAUUGUAUUGAGUGUAAGAAGUAAAGUAUUAAGAGUUGGA